CCUUCAGACACUCCAGCUGGACUGAGGACCUGCCAUGUCUCUGCUGGCAGCUAUGCUGCUGCUCUGGGGUUUCCCUCUUGGCCCAGCAACUGAUGCAGCCACCUGUGCGUUCAGGGAUUCCGUGGGACAGAAGCGCAUGCUCCAGCCCUGGCUUGUUCCUAAGCCAGUGCCCUGGGUGACACCUGGCCUGACCACCUUCCUGGUGUGCCAUGGGAGAGUGCGGCACGUGGCCUUCGUCCUGAAAAGGGAAGAUGAUGGUUAUCAAGAGAUAGCUGAAACCGACGGUUAUUUGGGAAAAGACAAACCCAGUGAUUUCCUGGAGGUAACGAUUCCAAGAGACGAAGAACGGGCUGCCUUUGUAGUCCAACAACCUGGCAACUACAGCUGCAGCUAUCUAAUUCAUGAAGAUUGUCCCCCCUCUGAGCCCAGUGAUAUUGUGACCAUCCAUGAGCAUGUCAUACCGCCUCCACCUGUGCUGACUUCUUCAGGAAGUCCCACAGUGACCCCACUCCGGAUGGACAAAAGGACCCUUGUCUGUGAGGCUCUGCUGAAUGAUGUUGAAUUCCAGCUGAGGCAGGGCAAGCGGAAGCUGAAAGUCGCCAGCCUCAGCACCGACCCAAAGGAAGUCAUCUUCAAUCUGAAAUUCUCUCACGUGGGUGACCAGAGCCCUUUCACCUGCCGCUACCGUCUAAACAGUAUGACAGCAUGGUCCAAAGACAGCGAGCCCGUAGAGCUAAUGUGGAGUGAUGAGAAAAGGCUAGCACCAAUGUUUACUGCCGAGCCAAAAUCAAAUGAGAGCCUUGAGGCUGGUUCGACCGUGCAGCUUCGAUGUACCGCACCCAAUGGCAGUGUUGGCCUACGCUUCGGCCUGCAUCGUGAAGACCCAGAAGGGUACACCCUACUCCAGACACUGAAGACCUCUGGUAAUGAGACUGUCUUCCAGCUGCACAACCUCUCAGCGGCAGACUCUGGCAGCUACAGCUGCAUCUACACUGAACUGGCGCCGCCCUACUCAGGAUCUGCUCCCAGCGAGCCUGUGGAGCUGACGGUGAAUGGACCACCAGCACCACCAAAGCUCCAGGCUCUCUGGAUACGCGCAGUGCCUUAUGGUCAUAAUGCUGUUUUCCGCUGCCAGAGCAAAGUACAAGGGGUCACCAUGGAGCUGCUGCGUGAUGGCAAGUUUGUGUCCCACAGGAUACUCAGAGUACUGAGCACUUCAACCGACAUGGAGUUGGCUUUCGUGCGUCCUGAACAUACGGGCAACUACACCUGUCGCUAUAUCUCCUGGGGGCCUGAGUCCUGCCUCUCAGAGCCAAGCAACCCCGUGGAGCUCCUAGUGGAGGGAACAGUUUGUGAUUCAGUUUUGUCUCUUGAUCGUCACUGCUCUGUGCAUCGGUGAAUUGUGUU